GUUACAGGUACAUGUGACAGCGCUGCAGCUAUGAGUGGAAUUUUAAAGAGGAAGUUUGAAGAAGUUGAUGGCUCCUCACCCUGCUCAUCUGUGCGGGAAUCAGAUGAUGAAGUUUCCAGCAGCGAAAGUGCUGACAGUGGGGACAGUGUCAAUCCAUCCACUUCUAAUCAUUUCACUCCUUCCUCCAUUCUCAAAAGGGAGAAGCGGCUGAGGACAAAGAAUGUGCAUUUCAGCUGUGUCACCGUGUACUACUUCACCCGGAGGCAAGGCUUCACGAGCGUGCCCAGUCAGGGGGGCAGCACGCUGGGCAUGUCCAGCCGCCACAACAGCGUGCGCCAGUACACGCUGGGCGAGUUUGCCAGGGAGCAGGAGCGGCUGCACCGCGAGAUGCUGAGAGAGCACCUCAGGGAGGAAAAGCUCAACUCGUUAAAACUGAAGAUGACUAAGAAUGGCACAGUAGAAUCUGAAGAAGCCAGCACUCUUACAGUGGAUGACAUUUCUGAUGAUGACAUUGAUUUAGACAACACAGAGGUGGACGAGUACUUCUUCCUCCAACCCCUGCCAACAAAAAAACGAAGAGCACUGCUGCGAGCCUCUGGAGUGAAGAAGAUUGAUGUGGAAGAAAAGCACGAGCUGCGAGCCAUCCGCCUCUCGCGAGAAGACUGCGGCUGUGACUGCCGAGUGUUCUGUGAUCCAGAAACAUGUACCUGCAGCCUGGCAGGCAUUAAGUGUCAGGUGGAUCGUAUGUCUUUCCCAUGUGGCUGCACUAAAGAAGGAUGUAGCAACACAGCAGGUAGAAUUGAAUUUAAUCCUAUCCGUGUCCGGACUCACUUUUUGCACACGAUAAUGAAACUUGAACUGGAGAAAAACCGAGAGCAGCAAAUCCCCACGCUGAACGGCUGCCACGGUGAGAUAACUGCUCACAGUAGUUCCAUGGGCCCUGUCGCUCACUCCGUAGAGUAUUCUAUUGCAGACAACUUCGAGAUUGAAACUGAACCACAGGCUGCAGUGCUGCACCUGCAGUCUGCUGAGGAAUUAGAUUGCCAAGGAGAGGAGGAGGAAGAGGAGGAGGAUGGGAGCAGCUUUUGCAGCGGAGUCACCGAUUCUAGCACGCAAAGCUUGGCACCUAGUGAGUCAGACGAGGAGGAGGAGGAGGAAGAGGAGGAAGAAGAGGAGGAGGAAGACGAGGAUGACAAAGGAGAUAGCUUCGUGGAAGGUUUGGGCACCCAUGCCGAAGUUGUCCCUCUUCCUUCGGUCCUUUGUUAUUCUGAUGGCACCGCUGUUCAUGAAAGCCAUGCAAAAAAUGCUUCUUUUUAUGCCAACUCUUCAACUCUGUAUUACCAAAUAGAUAGCCACAUUCCAGGAACUGCUAACCAGAUCUCUGAGAACUAUGCUGAAAGAGAUACUGUCAAAAACGGUACCCUUUCGCUGGUGCCUUACACCAUGACCCCAGAGCAAUUUGUUGACUAUGCCCGACAAGCAGAAGAGGCCUACAGUGCCUCCCACUACCCAGCUGCCAACCCCUCUGUAAUCGUUUGCUGCUCCUCUUCCGAAAAUGACAGCGCUGUGCCCUGCAAUAGCUUAUAUCCCGAACACAGGUCCACUCAUCCUCAAGUGGAAUUUCACUCAUACUUGAAAGGCCCCUCCCAGGAAGGGUUUGUCUCUGCGUUGAAUGGUGACAGUCACAUUUCAGAGCAUCCUGCUGAGAAUUCUCUGAGCCUUGCAGAAAAGAGCAGAUUGCACGAAGAGUGCAUCACAUCACCCGUGGUCGAGACCGUCCCUGUCUAG